GUCUCGCUUACCCAUGCGAAUCCGAGAACAUUCCCAAUUGACCUGCGGAACAAACCCCCGGGACUGGGAUCCAAAGACAUGGAAAAGACACUCACUCCGACGAAGAAACAGCGAGGCGGUGCAAGGAAAGCUUGCAACGAAUGCAAACAGCAGAAAGUAAGCGAACGUCCGUCCAAAACAUCCCACCUCCGCCCAAUAGUCACCCUUCGAUGUGAUAUCGUCCAAACCCCCGCGGACGCCUGCUCGCGUUGUAAAGGACUCCAGAUUGAAUGCAAGGUUGAACCUUCUUUCACGCGUAUCUCAAAAAGAAGGCGAAAUGCUGAAAUGGAGCGCGAGAUUGCAGGGCUCCGUCGACGACUUGCCACGAAUACCCAUCAUCAUGGCCACGCUGUGGAAGGUAACGUCGGUGAUGAGGUGCCCCAGCCUGCAGGGAGCGAGGAUCAUAUGUGGAGACUGGAAGAUGUCUCCCUAUCUAAGCCAAGAGUGGCACGACUAUUUGAGCAGUUUUUCAAUUAUUAUCAUCCAUUUCUUCCACUUUUAGACCCCCAAAAAGCACCCGAACACUAUCUCCGCCGCUGUCCCUUACAAGCAUGGACGAUAAUUUGCGUCGCUAGCCGACGGGCUCCAACAGAGCCAGGCCUCCUCGGCGCACUCACUGGCCCGUUCAGCAGGCUUCUAUGGUCGACUAUCACCAGCGUGCCGCAGGAUUACGCCGUUGUGAAGGCCCUCUGUCUUCUGUGCACCUGGCCCCUUCCUACAACUAGCCAGAGAAAGGAUGCUACAUUCAUGCUCUGCGGGCUGAUGAUGCAGAUUUCCAUGCAGUUGGGGCUACAUCGUCCGGUUCAAGCAGAAGAGUUCACCACAUUUCAAAUAGGCCACAGUGAAGCGGUGAAGGAUCGGCUCCAGACAUGGGUCGUCUGUAAUAUUGUAGCUCAAAAUAUUGCCACCGGAUACGGACAACCUCCAGAGACGAUAUAUGACUGGGCGCUUGAGCCAGCGUCACUCCAGGAUGCCGGUUAUUAUCCUGCAGAAGAUCUGCGAACUCGUCUCCACAUUGAAAGGUUCUGUGAUCGAAUCACCAAGUCUCUCUACGGUAGCAGGCCAGACGCGGCAGAGUUUAUCGGGCCCGAGAGGCUCUUAAUAGUCCAGCUUUUGGAGAACGAACUUAGGGACAUGGAACUUAAUUUUGGCAGGAAUAUUUCCCGUUCAAACCCACGACCAAGUGACAUUACGAAGCUGUUCAUUGCAACCACCUCAUUCCUCAGUCAAGUCCUGGACCUUGAAACAUCCCCCGACCAACUGAUCAGCUACGCAACAAACUAUAUCCUGCAGAUGAUCAUCUCGGCGGCAUUCGGUCUAAUGAAGCUCCUCAAGAGUACUUUCCGGCAUCACAUCGACUUCGAGUACGGGAAGCUGUUAUUCAACGGCGCAAUAUCCGCCCUGAGAAGAAUCAGCGUCAUGGACCACGAUCGCCCCGUUCGCCUUGCAGAUGUGCUGGCGCAGAUGUGGAAUGCAGGCGAUCGUGAGCAAUCCGCCGACGAAGAUAGCUUACAGCUUAAAGUACGCUGUCGGAUGAGUAUGAGCCACGUCUACGACACAGUUUGGCGCUGGCGACACCGCUUCCGGCCCAGAAAGGGCACGUCGGAUGCCCAAGGCAUGUUCCUCCAGCGUCUCGUCUUGUGA